UAUCAACCUUGGCAUGUAGAGAAUCCUAAACAAGUGAUUUUUAAAGGCAUUCUUUUAAAUAUUGUUUUGCCAGUAUACUUUCGUUACAGAUUUAAAGAAAAACAAGCUUUAGUCUUUUACGUUGUCAUGGUAUUUACAUGAACAGUGCUUCUUUGCAUGAAAAAAACCUCGUGCCGGAUUGCUGCGGAGGGCUCAGUAAUUUGGAUUACAGCAAGGUGGACAUGUCUGUGGUGACUGAAAUGAUGAAAUAUAUAGAUGUGACAGACCCCAGGUUCUGUGUGGCUGUAAUUGCCAUCAUCUUUAAUCCUUUCUUCUGGAAUGUGGUGGCUAGAUGGGAGCACAGGACACGGGGUCUGACGCGGCUCUUUGGGGGUCCAUACGUGGCUUGCUACUCCCUUGGUUUCCUCAUCAUCCUUCUCAACAUCUACCGCAGUCACAGUAUCACCGUAGCAAUGAAAGCUCAGCCGCGAUGGGAAGUGAUGGAUAACACUCAGCUGUUUUACACAGGGGCUGCUUUCAUGGCAGUGGGGUCUCUCUUCGUUAUUAGCAGCUUCUUGGCUCUCGGCUUCACCGGCACUUUUUUGGGUGACUACUUUGGAAUCCUGAUGGAGCAGAAAGUGACUGGUUUCCCUUUCAGCGUGAUGGACAAUCCCAUGUACUGGGGUAGCACAGCCAACUACCUGGGAUUGGCAAUAAUGAAUGCCAGUCCAGUAGGAAUACUCCUGACUGCUGUGGUUGCCCUGUCCUAUGGAGUGGCCAUCACAUAUGAAGGACCGUUCACAGAGGAAAUCUACCGGCAGAGGAGCCAACGCUGCAAGCACAAAUGAAACAGGAAAAUGUUUGUUUAAGGAUCACACCCUGCUAUCCGGAUCCCCCCCCCCCUCCCCCCCCGGG